GGGUGGUCACAGAUGCGAGAGCUGGUCACGGGGCGCUUCGUGAACGGUUUCUUUGCACAAGAUGGCUUCCUCCUGUCGCACCAGUUUCGCAGAGGAGGUACCAAGCUUGCGGGCUGCAGUCCCUUGCAUGCCCCGGAUGUGGAGAACAUCCCCAUGGACUCGUACAUCACGACCCACAACGAGUAUCCGGAACAGAUGGCGCUGAUCCUUCAUCGAAUCUUCCACGGUGGGCUCUAG